CUAUUGCUGCCGUAUUGUGACGCUGCGUUGCGGCGCUGGCUGUGUGCCAAAGCAAGCUCUCACUUGGGUUCAAAUUCGGAGACAAGGACCCGGACCAGGUCCCCCUCACACAUAUCGACGUCGAAUUCCAUCUCCCGGACUCGCCCCGCUCUCUCUCCCUUUUUGAAUUUCAAAUCUGGUGACGACCGGAUUUUGGGGUCGCGUGGGGGUGUGCAGGAUGGUGUGAGUCAAGGUUUCUGCGACGAGACGCUGCGAGAAUCUUUGUCUUGGCGGUCAAUCGGAGGGGAGUCAAAUGUGUGGAAGUGGAGGAGUCGUCUGUUACUCUCUUAUUUUCGUUUGAGACGGGUUGUCUCUUCACCCUGUAAUUUGCAAGACUCUGAAACGCAAUUGGAGCAAUAUGGCGAUGAGGGCGCUCCCCGUGGGCUCCCUGCACUCUAUUAUGGCAGCAGUUGGGAUAGUCGACUCCGGAAACCAUAUGGCUGUGGUCGCCGUUUCCUUGUUCGUGACCUUGCUCUGCGCUUGCAUUGUGCUGGGUCACAUGAUGGAGGAGUUUCAGUAUAUCAGCGAAUCAGUCACCGCCAUCUUUCUUGGUUUCUGUACAGGGAUCGUUGUGCUGGUCACAAGCAGUGGAGCGAGCUCUCACGUUCUUCAAUUUAAUGAGGAGCUGUUUUUUAUAUAUUUACUACCUCCUAUUAUUUUCAAUGCUGGUUUCCAGGUCAAGAAGAAGUCGUUCUUCCGGAACUUUGUUGCCAUUAUGCUUUUUGGAGUAAUUGGAGUUUUUAUCUCUGUUGCUAUUAUUACAGCGGGUUGCAAGUUCAUGUUUCCGAAGUUAGGACUGGAGAAACUGGUGAUCGGCGAUUACCUUGCUCUUGGGACCAUUUUCUCUGCAACGGACUCAGUUUGCGUCCUGCAAGUUCUUAAUCAAGACGAUUCACCUCUGCUGUAUAGUCUUGUGUUCGGAGAAGGAGUUGUGAACGAUGCUACCUCGGUAGUCUUAUUCCGGGCUGUGCAGAAAUUAGCUUUGAAACAUUUCACGGGUAUGGAGGUGCUUCAAAUUUGUGGAAGCUUCUUGCAGCUCUUCUUCUCCAGUACUGUCCUGGGUGUUGCGAUUGGAUUAUUAAGUGCUUACAUUAUCAAGACUCUUUAUCUUGCAAGGCAUUCUACCGACCGUGAAAUUGCACUAAUGACAAUCAUGGCUUAUCUGUCAUACAUCUUGGCCGAGCUUUUCUACCUGAGUGGAAUUCUUACCGUCUUCUUUUGUGGCAUUGUAAUGUCACACUACACCUGGCAUAACGUCACUGAAAGCUCACGAGUAACUACCAAGCAUGGAUUUGCAACCAUGUCUUUUAUUGCAGAGACGUUCAUCUUCUUAUACGUGGGAAUGGAUGCGUUGGACGUGGAUAAAUGGAAUAUGGUUCAAAUAACUGCAGGAAAUUACUUCGGCCUCUUUAUGACUCUCAUAGUUUUAAUCUUGGUCGGUCGAGCUGCUUUUGUGUUCCCGCUGUCUGCACUCUCCAACUAUAUGCGCAAGAGCAGUGAUACGAAGAUAACUUUCCGACAGCAGAUUAUGAUCUGGUGGGCUGGAUUGAUGAGAGGAGCAGUGUCCAUUGCCUUGGCAUUUAAUCAGUUUACGAGUUCUGGAGAUGCAAAGAGUCCAGAGUAUGCGGCAGCCAUCACCAUCACAAUCGGCAUUGUUCUGUUUAGCCUGACGGUCUUCGGGACGGCCACAAAGCCAUUGAUGCACUGGGUGCUCCUUCCGACUUCAAGAUCAGAAUUAGGCGAAUCUGAGCCAAACACCCCCAAGGAUUUCGCUUUUGCUGAUUUCCAUGUUCCUCUACUGUUGGGAUCCAGCCAGCAAACUGGGAGCCCCCAUCCCGGCCCACGAAGAAGCUCGUUGGCUGUGCUUCUGUCUGCUCCCAGUAACAUCAUUCACGAUGGAUGGAGAUCCUUUGAUGAUGGCUAUAUGCGACCUUUGUUUGGUGGCCGAGGUUUUGUACCCUACAACACCGACGUCCUAACAAACGCGGAGGAUGAUGCGGCGUAUCCAUUUCACUCCCCCUUUCACAGUCGCUCUUAAUUUGCUUGACGUGGUGUGAAUUCGGUGGUUUAGCCCUUCCUCAUUUGCGUAUCGCUCUCAUCUGAUCAUGGAGGGAUAUGAAGCACAUUCCCAAUUGUGUUGUUGCUGAGUUGAUUGUUUGAAACUAGUAAUUGUUGAAACAUAUUUUGAAACACGUAGGAGCAGUAUCUAUUUCAACAUGAUUUGAACAUAUGACUUUAUAUCAUUCUUUGUGAGUGGGAAUUCGUAUAUCUUAGAGACAUGUUUUCAGCUUGUCAACAUUGUGUUUCCGGAGGUAGUGCCUAUAAAAGCAAGAGGUUUAGUUCAGCUUGGUAAAAUUUUAAAACAAUAUUUGAAGCGAUUCUGUAAGUAGAAAAGUAGUUAGACAUUUAUGAUUGUACAGGUUGUAUGAGCUAGUUUGCGAUUGUACUUUUAUCUAUUUAAAUUACAUGGAAGUUGGUUUUCACUCUUUA